GGGCCCGCCCUGGGACCUCAUUAUCUGCGUUUCCGCGUCAGGCCCGCGCGAAUUUGGCAGAGCCUCCCGCGGAGUCCGGGAACACUUUGUGCGGAGCGCCCGCCGGCCUGGGCCCCCUCUCUCCCGCCGGCGCCGCCUGGCCGGGACGCCACGCGCGGCGCGGGGGGUUUCGGUCGCUGGACCCAGGUUCCCGCACCCGGCGCGCAACCACGGAGCCCCCACGCACUUGUCCUCGGUUACCCCGAGCCGGGGCCAAGGAAUCAGCUCCUCGCCCACGGGCUGGGCGUUCAAACGUGGGUCACGCCCAGCGUAAUGGAGAGGUUCGGAAAGAUGCUGUGGCCCAUUUUAAAACAAAGCCCAAUUAUUAGCGCUCGGUGGCUGUUUCUGCCGGUCCAGUGUCAGAUCCUCUGAGCGCUACAGACAACCGGCACCCAAAAGAAGCGUAGUCGGAGAGAAAGGCACCAGCUCUGGAGCCAUUUGACCCAUUUUGAGACCCCUCCCUCCCCCCAAGCUCGUUCCUUUCCUGGCUGCGUAAGCCUGGGCAAUGCGCGGGGUCUCAGUCUCCUCUUCUGUGAAAUGGGGCUAACUAUGCGUGCUUGGUGAUUCUGCAUACGGAGCGCGGCGGGUCGCAGGGACCUCAGUUCCGCGGUCUCACACCUCCAGGACCCCACCUUCUCGCGUCCCCCGCCACGGCCUCGGCCCCGGCCCCGGCCCCGGCCCCGCCCCGGGGACGCUCGGGCUCCACGCGCGGCGCUGGCUCCGAAGUGCGUCACCGGCACCGGCCGCGCUCCUCCGGCGGCCAGGGCGAGGCUGGCACCGGGCCCGCGCAGGCCGGGCCAGGGGUGCCGGGCCGUCUCCGGGGCGGGGACCCGGGCGUGGAAGGCGCUCCAGUUGCGCGGCCCUCGGCGCGCUGUGGAGGGCGCCCUCCGCGGCGGGCAGUGCGCCAGGGACCGGCCUCCGCUGCCGCGGGGCACGCGAAGGCUACACUUUCCCUUCGGCCCCCCUCGUUUCCUCCCGCGCGGCGGCAGCGGAGAUUUCCUCUCGGGGAAACUGCGCGGAUCCUUCCCAGGGCUCCUGGCCCCGCCCCGGUUCUCCGCCCCCUCCCCUUUGCUGGGCAGCCGGUGCUGGCCCGCGCCGGGAAGGAGGCUCUGGCAGCCGAGGCUGGGGAGUGGCGGGGGGCGGCGAAGCCGGCUGGCCACCAACUCGCCCCGCCAUGUGACGCUGUUCUCCGCCCAGCGACCCCCCGCGCGCCCCGGGCCCGCGCCCGCGCUUCGCAGCGCCGCGCACCAUGCUGCUGCCGGGACACGCGCGCCCGCCUCCCGCGCCUCAGCCCGCGCAGCAUCCCGGCCUCCGCAGGCAGGUAGAGCCGCCGGGGCAGCUCCUGCGCCUCUUCUACUGCACUGUCCUGGUCUGCUCCAAAGAGAUCGCAGCGCUCACCGAUUUCUCGGGUAAGAAGCGCGGUCUCUGGCCUUGCGCGCCCGGCGCCGCGGUGCGCCCAGGUUACCUAACCAAACUCCUGCAAAACCACACCGCCUAUGCCUGUGACGGGGACCAUUUGACUCUCCAGUGCCCUCGGCAUUCUACGAUAAGUGUCCAGUCGGCAUUUUAUGGGCAAGAUCAGCAAAUAUGUAGUGCCCAGCAGCCUGCCUCCCAGAGGGAAGACCGCUUAACCUGUAUGGCACCCACCACAUUGCAGAAGGUGCUGGACGAAUGCCAGAACCAGCGGGCCUGCCACCUCCUGGUCAAUAGCCGUGUUUUUGGACCUGACCUUUGUCCAGGAAGCAGUAAAUACCUCCUGGUCUCCUUUAAAUGCCAACCUAAUGAAUUAAAGAACAAAACCGUGUGUGAAGACCAGGAGCUGACGCUGCACUGCCACCCCUCCAAGCUGCUCAACAUCUACUCUGCGGCCUACGGCAGGAGGACCCAGGAGAGGGAGGUCUGCGCCCCGGAAGCAGAGCAGCUCCCCCCCUUUGACUGCUUGUCUUACUCGGCUUUGCAAGUAUUAUCCAGGAGGUGCUAUGGGAAGCAGAGAUGCAAAAUCAUUGUCAACAACCACCAUUUCGGAAGCCCCUGUCUGCCAGGAGUAAAAAAAUACCUCACCGUCACCUACGCCUGUGUUCCCAAGAACAUACUCACAGCGAUUGAUCCAGGCGUUGCUAACCUAAAACCUUCUUUGAAGCAGAAAGAUGGUGAAUAUGGUAUAAACUUUGACCCAAGCAACUCGAGAGUUCUGAGGAAAGACGGAGUUAUUGUUAGCAACUCUCUGGCAGCAUUUGCUUACAUUAGAGCCCACCCCGAGAGAGCUGCCCUGCUGUUCGUGUCCAGUGUCUGCGUCGGGCUGGUGCUCACAUUGUGUGCCUUGGUCAUCAGAGUGUCCUGUACCAAGGACUUCCAGGAGCUGCAGCUGGCGAGGGAGCACCUGAUGCCAGGAAGUGACAAGGCUGAGGAGGACAGUGAGGAUGAAGAAGGGGAGGAGGACUCCUCUGACUCUGAUUUUCCAGGGGAACUGUCGGGGUUUUGUAGGACUUCGUAUCCUGUCUACAGUUCCGUAGAGGCUGCAGAGCUAGCAGAAAGGAUUGAGCGCAGGGAGCAAAUCAUCCAGGAAAUAUGGAUGAACAGUGGUUUGGACACUUCACUCCCCAGAAACAUGGGCCAGUUCUACUGAAAACCCGCUGCAUCUCGAUGCGACCACACUUUCUGAAGAGGGAAGGAUCCAAAAUGCUCCUUCGGUCCUGUUUCACUCGUACCUUCUAUGAAGGAGAAGUUGUCGUGUCAUUCAAUACUGGUGAAGCCAGAAAGCUAUCAAAGGGACAUUUCAAACUGUUUACACAUUUCAAAAUAAAUGAGGA